CAGCUCAGCAUCCAAAAUGGCAACGCUGGUAGUAGAAAGUCUCACUGGCAACGCUAGACGACCAGUUUUCAUUCGUAUUGGUGUGUGUUUGUACAAAAAAACAUUCGUAUUGUUUUAUUUGUGAGGUGCUCUUCUAAAACAUAAACAAUAAAUUGCGUGGAGUGCCCUACUUUUUAUUUAAGUUGUGAAUUAAACAAAUAUGAACAAAUGCUUGUGCGCGUGAAUUAGUUAAAUUGUAAAUUAUAAAUAAAGCAAUACAUAUAAACGGCCGGCAAAACAGAGAGCGCAACUUUUAAGGGAGAGCCAAAUCCGAAAAAACAGAGUUUCCAGGUUUCCGUUAGAAAUGUUAAAUUCACACAACACAAGCCACAAUAACAACAGCGGCAGCCACAGCAACAGCAACAACAACUAUAACAAAGGCCACAAAAUGCAUUUGAAAGGUGCAACGGCAAAAGCAACAAUAAUGAAACAUAAGUUAAGCAAAUUUUACGGAUACGGUUGGAUGCAAGUCUUCCUACUACUUACAGUCCUCGUGAUUGGUAAUCAAAGUGCCUGGCAGGAGAAUAUACGACCAAAACUCUACGUUGAAUUAGGUCCUGAAGAUGUACUGAAGUUUGUGGGAAACGAAAGUGUUGUGGAUCACUUCAAGCUCGUCACCAAGGAUGGCAACAGUCUGCUCAUCGGUGCCAGAAAUACGGUUUUUAAUUUAAGCAUACACGAUCUCGUCGAGCAGCAGCGAUUGGUCUGGACAUCGCCGGAGGAUGAUACCAAAAUGUGUCUCGUCAAGGGCAAGGAUGAGGAGGCCUGCCAGAACUACAUCCGCAUCAUGGUGGUGCCAUCGCCGGGUCGCCUCUUCGUUUGCGGCACCAACUCGUUCCGGCCCAUGUGCAACACGUAUAUCAUCAGUGACAGCAACUACACGCUGGAGGCCACGAAGAACGGACAGGCGGUGUGCCCCUACGACCCCCGUCACAACUCCACCUCUGUGCUGGCCGACAACGAACUGUAUUCCGGCACCGUGGCGGAUUUCAGUGGCAGCGAUCCGAUUAUCUACCGAGAACCCCUGCAGACCGAGCAGUACGAUAGCCUAAGUCUCAACGCCCCGAACUUUGUGAGCUCAUUUACGCAGGGGGACUUUGUCUAUUUCUUCUUUCGCGAAACCGCCGUGGAGUUCAUCAACUGCGGCAAGGCGAUUUAUUCGCGCGUUGCCCGCGUCUGCAAAUGGGACAAAGGUGGCCCGCAUCGCUUCCGCAACCGCUGGACAUCCUUUCUCAAGUCCCGCCUCAACUGCUCCAUUCCUGGCGAUUAUCCUUUCUACUUUAACGAAAUCCAAUCUGCUAGCAAUCUGGUGGAGGGACAGUACGGCUCGAUGAGCUCGAAACUGAUCUACGGAGUCUUCAACACGCCGAGCAACUCGAUUCCCGGCUCGGCGGUUUGUGCCUUUGCCCUCCAGGACAUUGCCGAUACGUUUGAGGGUCAGUUCAAGGAGCAGACCGGCAUCAACUCCAACUGGCUGCCAGUUAACAACGCCAAGGUGCCCGAUCCUCGACCCGGUUCCUGUCACAACGAUUCGAGAGCGCUUCCGGAUCCCACGCUGAACUUCAUCAAAACACAUUCGCUAAUGGACGAGAAUGUGCCGGCAUUUUUCAGUCAACCGAUUUUGGUCCGGACGAGCACAAUAUACCGCUUCACUCAAAUCGCCGUAGAUGCGCAGAUCAAAACUCCUGGCGGCAAGACAUAUGACGUUAUUUUUGUGGGCACAGAUCAUGGCAAGAUUAUCAAGUCCGUGAACGCCGAGUCCGCCGAUUCCGCAGAAAAAGUCACCUCCGUGGUCAUCGAGGAGAUCGACGUCCUGACCAAGAGUGAGCCCAUUCGCAAUCUGGAGAUAGUCAGAACCAUGCAGUACGAUCAACCCAAAGAUGGCAGCUACGACGAUGGCAAAUUAAUCAUUGUGACGGACAGCCAAGUGGUAGCCAUACAAUUGCAUCGUUGUCACAAUGACAAAAUCACCAGCUGCAGCGAGUGCGUCGCACUGCAGGAUCCGUACUGCGCCUGGGACAAAAUCGCCGGCAAGUGCCGUUCCCACGGCGCUCCACGGUGGCUGGAGGAGAACUACUUCUACCAGAAUGUGGCCACUGGCCAGCAUGCGGCCUGCCCCUCAGGCAAAAUCAAUUCGAAGGAUGCCAACGCUGGGGAGCAGAAGGGCUUCCGCAACGACAUGGACUUAUUGGAUUCGCGGCGCCAGAGCAAGGAUCAGGAAAUCAUCGACAAUAUUGAUAAGAACUUUGAAGGUCCCCAAAUCUCUGCAGAUAUUAUCAACGCCCAGUACACGGUGGAGACCCUUGUGAUGGCCGUUCUGGCCGGUUCGAUCUUCUCGCUGCUGGUCGGCUUCUUUACAGGCUACUUCUGCGGGCGCCGUUGCCACAAGGACGAGGACGACAACCUGCCGUAUCCGGAUACGGAGUACGAGUACUUCGAGCAGCGCCAGAAUGUCAAUAGCUUCCCCUCCUCCUGCCGCAUCCAGCAGGAGCCCAAGCUGCUGCCCCAGGUGGAGGAGGUGACGUACGCGGAGCCGGUGCUCCUGCCCCAGCCGCCGCCGCCCAAUAAGAUGCACUCGCCGAAGAACACGCUGCGCAAGCCCCCGAUGCACCAGAUGCACCAGGGUCCCAACUCGGAGACCCUCUUCCAGUUCCAGCCCGACGGCUACAACACCCAGCAGUCGUACCGCGGUCGCGACAACUUCGGCACACUGCGUUCCCACCAGGUGAUGGGCGACAAUUACAGGCGCGGCGAUGGCUUCUCCACCACCCGCAGCGUCAAGAAGGCUGUAAACAACACAAACACACGUAACAGAAGUCUUGGUCGCGCAAGAAGACAGCCGCCCCGUCAUGGCAUUGUAACUCAACACCGCUCGAAUAGCCCCCAGCAGCAACAGCAGUCACAGCAGCCGCACUCCAGCUCCGGCUCCUCGCCCGUAAUGUCCAACAGCAGCAGCAGUCCGGCUCCGCCCUCCAGUAGUCCCAGUCCGCAGGAGAGCCCCAAGAACUGCAGCUACAUCUACCGUGAUUGAUUGAUAUGCAACACCAAAUCGAUGCCGCUCAUCCAGGCCCAGUCCACGCACGCCCAGCCACACCCACACCCACAUUCGCAUCCACAUCCAAGUCCGCCUCCGCCCCCCGGCCCGACCACGCCGCCAGCCCAGCCACGCACCAGGAGUCCAGUGAUCAGCAGGACAUAUGCCAAGUCCAUGCCUGUGACGCCAGUUCAACCGCAAUCCCCGCUAGCCGAUACGCCCUCCUACGAGCUCUACGAACGCCACUCCGAUGCCGCCACCUACCAUUUCGGGGAUGAGUACGAUGAGGAUGAUGACCAGGAGGACACCUCAUCGCUGGCCAUGAUCACACCGCCGCCGCCCUACGACACUCCGCACCUGGUUGCCUCGCCGCCACUGCCGCCGCCACGUCGAUUCCGCUUUGGCAACAGGGAGCUGUUCAGCAUGAGUCCAGCCGCAGGCGGAGGCGGUGCCACGCCCACCGCCUCGUCAGGCAACCGCAGCAGCAGCGCCAUAACGCCCACCAAGUUGAGUGCGGCGGCAGCCGCCAUGUUUGCCGCACCCCAAGUGGCCACCCAGCUCAACCGGAAGUGGGCUCAUCUGCAGCGGAGGCGGCGCAGGCGCAACAGCAGCUCCGGCGACUCCAAGGAGCUCGACAAACUGGUCCUGCAAUCGGUCGACUGGGAUGAGAACGAGAUGUACUAGCACGCAAGGCAGUAAUGGGAGAGCAGAAACACUUUGCAUAUUUGAAUGGGAUAUAGUCUGCCCAAAGAUGGAAGAGAUUCCUUGUGCUGGCGUAAUUAAUUUGACCUUUUUAAAGAUGUUGUAAAGUAGGUUUCUGCUACCUUCAUUCGUGCACACAACUCAUUCCCAACGUGGCGCUGAAAUAUAGGAAACACCCCUCCCUUCCCUUAAACUUAAAGUAGCAAUCGAGAAAAUCAUUCAUUAGCGUUAGAAGCUGGAUGGGGGUUUACUUACACACAAAAGCCAGAGAAGUUAUACACGAAGUUUAUAGAUAUAUAGCCUUUAUACAUACUCCCCGAUCUGCUAAGUAUACACAAGCAUAACAUAACAUACGUAUAUAUGACUCUAUAUAUACCAAUAGAUUUCAAAGACGGUUCACAAGGAUCGGCUGCGCUAAAUUAGAGCUACACAAUGAUAUUGUUAAUUACGAUUAGAGCAAGGGCAACAGAUGUAAAUAUGAAACCUAGAAUGGGAAAGACGUAACGUACUCUAAGCAAACCUUAUUCGAAUAGAGUAUACUUGAUAUACACGAUUUUUUGCAUUUAACCCAGAGAAAUUUAAAAUAGAUAAAAUUAGAACGUCAUAACAAAUGGUUACGAACAAAGAUAAAACAAAACAAAACAAAACGAAACGCUUAUUACUGAUUUAUACAAAUGAAAUAAGUUACCGAAAUAGUAGGAGGCAAACAAAUUAGUCUUAAGCCGUCAGAGAUCGGGGAAACAUAAGGGGAUUGCAUUCGGGAUUCAUUCCGAACUGGAUCUGGAACUGUAACUGCCAAACGCGAUGCAGCGCUCCCAACGAAAUCGAAUCCAUCGAGUGCAUUUUCCAUUGUCAAUUUCAUUUGCAGAGCCUCAAGCUACAGUACUUCUUCAGACUCAGACUCAGACUAGGAACGUGUAAAUUAUGUACAGUGCAUUAUGUGCAUUAUGCAACCGAUCUGUACAGUGCGAUCUGCAGUAUGUGCGAUAUGUGCCAUAAUUGGGUUUGUGCCCACUUUGAGUUUAGUUGUUAUUGUUUGCAUUGAUUCAGAAUAGUUCUGCACCGAGAACACAACUCGCUAUCUUUGUAUAUAUUCGAAUAUAUAUAUAAAUAUAUACAUAUAUACAUACAUAUAUGCAUGAAGAGGGAUACACAAAUUUCAUGUGAAGUGAUCGAUCAAAAUUUAGUGAAAGCAUUAAAACUGAACUUUAGCCUAGCCACAUAGGGUUUGUAAUAUAGACUGGACAGAGGGCAGAACAAAACUUUUGAAAAUAUUUUCACUAGGGGCAUUGCUAAUGUUGUUCUCAUAUUAAAGUAUAUUAGAAAUAGGAUAAGCUAAUUGAUACUCAAUAUUUUGUAUGAGAAACAUUAAAAUCAUCCGAUCAAACUUGGAAAUUGCGUUGCAAAACGAGUAAAAAAGCGUAGAAAUAUCUAAAUCAAAGCAAAUGUAUAAACAACAAGACCCAUAAAAAGCAGUAGAGUUAAAAAGUAAAUCCACACGGAAACGUAAGCGUAUAUAUUGAUUAAUAUAUACUUUAUGCAGCUGCAAUUUAAUGCUUUUUAUAUGCAAUUUUACUUUUUGACAAAAUGUAUACAACCGAAGAAAAAUCAUCAACAGUGGAUAGAAAAAAUGCAUAGAAACCAAGUAAAAUCAUUACGAUUACAUUUAGACAGCCAAAGACACGAGUGAUUUUCAAAUUUCGUUUUAAAGUUGUUUGUGCUAGUUUUUAAUUAGUUUUAUUUGUAAAUAUUAUUUAAAGCCAUUUAAACCGCUAAACAAACAAUGUCACAACAAUUGUUACAGUUUCUAAAUAUUUAGUUAUUCAAUUAUACCCCUUUUGUAUUAUCUUCGUUUUCUUACAAGAAAUAGUGUCGAGUACUUUGAAAGCAAUAAAAACACUUGAGAAAAUAUAUGAAAAAUAUAAAUGAGAUUCAGACACAUAGAGUAGCAGCUCAUGGUAAAACUUAGGAAUACACUAGAGUUUUGAACUAAUUCUAGAUCUACAUCAACUACUUAUACAAUUGCAUACAAGUAUUAAUUGAAUCAGAUCAUUAACUUUUAUACACUUUACCAUUUACAUAUAUACAAGCAAACUGAUUGCCGAUUACCGAUUAUUCAAUAUACAAGGCAAAUUUAACAUGUAAUUGUAAUUUGAAGCCAGGCUGCAAUUGAAAGGUUUUACAGUAAAUCAUGCCUACACACAUAAACCAGCAACAACAGUAACAAGAUCAGAGAAUCCGUAAAUAUAUACUUAUACAUAAUAUAGAUGACCCAUAUACAUACACUUAUUAGAUACUUUAGAAGAGAGAUUCUCUAGAAAUGCUUUUAAAUUAAAAAAUCCACGAAAAAUAACAAAAAAAAGAAGUAAUAAACAAGAAGAAUAACUGAUUUAAGCAAAGUAUUUUAUUAAAAACACUCAGUAAGGAAAUGGCAAAUUCAAGCGCAAAAACACAAAAUAAAAACAUAUAUAUAAAUUUCUUAAAACUUUCAGCGAAAGGCAAACAUUUGUGAAAUAAGCCAACUCAGACACUUUUUUAGAACAUCAGAAAUUGGGGUUGACGAUGAUGAUGAUCACUAGACGUCGUUGCAGAUACUUUAAAGAUAAUUAUAAGCUAAACGAAAACGAUUUUUAACUUUCUCCGAAUAAGACAAAAACAAUUAUUACCUACAAAUGGUAGAAGCGCAUUCAUAUUUGCUAAUUAGCAACUUAUUAAACUAUAAAGAACAAGCAACAUUUAAAAGCUAGAGCAGAAAGCAGGAACCCAAACAAAAAAGAACAAAAAAAAAACAAAUAAAAACGAAAAUGAAAAUGAAAAUGAAAACAUGAAUCCAUGACACCACACACCCAAGUUUUCAUUUUCCAUUAAAAACGAUAUAUAUUCAAGUGCUUCUUACAUAAAAUAAAUAUAAAUAUAUAUGAAACAAAAAAUAUAUUAAUGAUUACAUGAUAGAUAUUAUUACGAGCAGGCAUUACAUUACAAAUACCUACUAAAUAGUUUAAGGCAUUUACCACAAACUUGAUUAUUAUGAACUGUAUUAUUAUGUUUUGUGAAAUCGAGCGAACUAUUACAGAUAAAGAAAAUCAGAUUACUGAGCGGAUUUAGAGUAAGCGUAAUAACUCUGUACUAUAUCCGGUUCCGUUUGGUUUUUUAAUCUCUAAGUAGCCAGCUCUCUAUGCAAAUAGAAUAAAGACGAACAACACACACUGACACGUAAUCGAUGCAUUUUACUUACUUAAAGGCCAUCAAUGCAGCAAAGUAAAGCGAGUUCAUGAAUUCAAUUUAUAUAAUUAUGUUAAGAUUUUAUAACGCAACAAGCCUAACGUAUGCAUUACCCAUAUGAAUACUAUUAUGCCAAUCUUUGUAAAUACUUCACCAACCAAAUAAAUACUCCUUCAUUCAAGCAAAACCAGAUCCGACCCCUAACUUAAUCGAAACACUUGAUUUCCUUCCAACACCCACAUCCACACACAAUCCCAAAGAGAUGCUUAUCGGUUAGGUAUUAUCGAAGCAUACGAGCCACGAGUAUGUUAUCCAUUCUUUAGCGAUUACAAAUACGUAAGGAUAAAUUAAAUUGUUGAAAAUGUAGCGCAAGAACGUAAUGAGUAACAAACUAAAUGAAAGCCCAAAGCGAAUAACAAAUAUUUAACCAAAUAAGUUACGAAAGUUAGACACAAAACGGUACUUCCAAGCAACUAUAGAGCUAACAGCAAGCCAUUUAAAUGAAAGAACUCAAAUGCGAACUAAACUGUAUGAAUUGAAUUCCCGUCCCGAUCCCGGUUUAAGUCCGCUGAUAGGUUGCACCGAUAAGAGCCCCAGAUCUUCUCAAGCAAAUCCGAAGAUCGCUAACGGUACGUGUGAAACGGUUCGGUAGCCCUAUCUUCUAAUUCCUCCAUAGAAAUCUACUCCACACAACUCCCAUUAGGAAUUCGUCAAGUUUUGGAUUCAGAAACUAAUACACAACACUUAAUUAUUCAUGAAUGCGGUAUGUGCAGUAUCAUAAAUCAGAGCGGCACCGCAAAUCGAGAAUCUACAGCAUGAAGAAGCUAUAUAAGACAACAACAUGAACAACAACAAAUUGUUAGUAAAAAGACUGAGCUACAAAAUAUACAAGAAAAACACAAAAGAAACAAAAGCUAGAAACAAAUCAGUGAAUAACCUUGAUUCAGUAACAAAUUAAUUAACGUGCAUUUUUGGGUAAACGAUUUGCGACAAAUAGAAGCGGAGCAAUUCGUUACAAUUUUCAGUUUCAUCAGUCGAAAAUUUGUUAAGAAGUUCCUAGCACAAAACGCAGGCAAAUCCAUUACCAAUCAAUGUCAAGCCAGGUUCAAUUGUGCAUCUAUGUAUCUAGAAGGAACUUCUGCAUUUACUUCUCAGCGCACGAGGGUUUGUUGAAAUCGUAGGGAAGCUGCUAAAGAAAAUACGUAAUUUCACGCAUUACCUUUAAGUUUGUAUUUGGAUUUGAAUUAAGAGGCUUCUUGUUUAAUUUGGGCCACUGCCACAGCAUAAUCGAGAUUAAAAUACCUAGAAUGAAUAUAUAUAAACACGUAUAUACAUAUAUAGACUCAAGUAUAUAUGCAUACACUUGCUUUUAGCUUUCCUAGAACUCUGAUUUCCAUACUUGAACGUACAGUAAGCUGCGAGACAUAAGAGAUAGUCGCUCUUAGACGCGAAAUAAUCAAACUGAAGCUGAUGAAAACGACACGAGCUCAAAGAUUUGGUCCGAGACAAUUAAUUCCACACAAACCAAACGGAUCGGAAUACAUUCUGAAGCAAGCCACACAAAAGUUGAACAUGCAUGGCGAAAAAGAGAAAUCGAUUAAUGAAAACCGCAUAUUAUUAAUGAUUAUUAUAUUGUAUUAUUAUAACUGAAAUAUUUAGAUGAAAUGACGAUUCUUAAUUAUAACACAUUAUUAUAGAUACAUACUGAACAAGCCGAAGCAAAAGAAGAAAUUGAAAUGAAACUUAAAAAACAAAACGGAGGGAAUGGAAUCUAAAAUGAUUAAUAAAAAUGAAAAUAUAGAGAAUAUUAUAUUACGAA